AAAGACGUUAGGAACGUCUGGACACCGUUACCAUGACGACAGUUACAACAAACUUCAACGAGCGAAUAAGUUUCGGUGUCUGCGGGCAAAACUUAUUUUAUUUUUCCUUUGUGUUAAAAAAGGAAGUGAAAAAUGAUUCCUGCAUCUGAUUCUUUUUUGAAAUACAACAAUCCGAUGUUGAUCAAGAAUUCAGAGACUGAAUCUCCAAAGCAGCCAUCAGACUUCAAACCAGCUACUCCACCUUCUAAGUCAAAACCUGCAACGAGUGAAGACAAUACGGAAACCAAGCAGGUCCUGGAAGCCAUUUUUCCAUCCAGGGAAUGGAUGGACGGAAACCAGCUUUGGGUGCAGAAGGUAUCUACUGCUCCGUCUACAAGAGCAGAUGUUAUCCAACUGAAGGAACAGCUGAAUACAAAGCUGCAGCAGAGACAGGCCAGGCUUACAGGCAUCUGUCCCAUCCGCAGAGAGCUUUAUUCUCAGUGUUUUGAUGAAAUAAUCAGGCAGACGACCAUAACCUGUGCUGAGAUGGGUCUGCUUCUGCUGAGAGUCAGAGACGAGAGUCAAAUGACCAUCCAAACCUACCAGAAGAUGGUUGAAAGCAGCAUUCUUUUUGGCAGCGGAAAGGCGCUACAAUCUGAAAUUGAAACAGUGGAUUUAAAUAAAAGGGUUGAAGAUCUAGAAAGGGAGAAACAGGAUCUGCUGAAAAAAAUGGAUGAACAGCAAGAGGAAAAUGAUAUAAGGAGAAAGAGUGAAGCUCGCAGGAAGGAAGUGCUGGAAAGCAACUACAAAGAAGAAAUCCGGGUUUUGAAGAGAACCAUACAACAGUUAAAGAUGCUACUGGAAGGAAGCAAAACUCUAGAGGAUUGAAGCGUAACAAGGAGGAAGGCAGACUCAACAAGUUUGUCAAAUGAACAAGUCU